AUGAACCACAUAGAGGUCGAUCAGCGCACAGGUCAGGCGGCCUGUGCUUGGCACGCAAUGAGUGGGGGUCAUGGCACACUGGAGGGUAAAACUCAGACGUCCACCUCUGCCGGCAGGACCAUGAGCCUGACCAUGUGUGAGUGGAAGAAAGUCUUCUAUGAGAAGAUGGAGGUGGCAAAGCCAGCUGACAGUUGGGAACUCGUCAUGGACCCCAACCUCAAGCCCAGUGAGCUGGCUCCUGGCUGGAAGCAGUAUUUGGAACAGCAUGCCUCAGGCAGGUUCCACUGCUCCUGGUGCUGGCACACCUGGCAGUCGGCCAAUGUGGUCAUCCUCUUCCACUUCUACCUGGACCGGGAACAGAAGACAGGCUCGGUGCGCAUGCGCGUCUUCAAGCAACUGUGCUACGAAUGCGGCACGGCGCGGCUGGACGACUCGAGCAUGCUGGAGGAGAACAUCGAGAGCCUGGUAGACAAUCUCAUCAGCAGCCUACGCCAGCAGUGCUAUGAGGAGGACGGCGGCCAGUACCGCAUUCACGUGGCCAGCCGCCCCGACCGCGGGCCGCACCGCAGAGAGUUCUGCGAGGCCUGCCAGGAGGGCAUCGUGCACUGGAAGCCGAGCGAGAAGCUGCUGGAGGAGGAGUCCGGAUACUCCGACGGCUCCAGGCACAAGGCCCAGGCAGGCCUCGGCUACAACUUCUUAUCCCUUCGCUGGUGCAUCCUCUGGGGCUGCCUGUGUCUGCUCCUGGCCUAUCUGCAGUUCUCCUUCCGCAACCCCGCCUUCCUUUAG